GUACUGUGAAGAAGAGGGAGAGAGAGAGAGAGAGAGAGAGAGAGCUGGGAACAAUAAUGGUGGUGAAGGUGUAUGGUCCAGACUAUGCUUGCCCAAAGCGUGUGAUCGUUUGUCUAAUUGAAAAAGGGAUUGAAUUUGAGACUGUUCCCAUUGAUCUCAUCAAAGGGGAACACAAACUUCAAGAAUUUCUCCAACUACAGCCCUUUGGAGUUCUUCCUGUCAUUCAAGAUGGAGACUACACUUUAUUUGAAUCAAGGGCCAUCAUAAGGUACUAUGCAGAGAAGUACAAGUCGCAAGGAACAGAAUUGCUUGGAAAGACAAUAGAGGAAAGGGGUUUGGUGGAACAAUGGCUGGAAGCUGAAGCGCACAACUUUCACCCACACAUCUACAACUUGACUAUCCAAAUACUUUUCAGCUCCAAAAUGGGAUUCACAGCUGAUGAGAAGUUGAUUCAAGAGAGUGAAGAGAAACUUGGGAAAGUGUUGGACAUCUAUGAGGAUAGGCUUUCAAAGUACAAGUACUUGGCUGGUGAUUUCUUCAGCCUUGCUGAUCUUAGCCACCUUCCUUUCACCCAAUACUUGGUGGGUCCCAUGGGGAAGGAGUACAUGGUUAAGAAUAGGAAGAAUGUGAGUGCAUGGUGGGAUGAUAUCAGCAACAGGCCUUCUUGGAAGAAGGUCCUCCAACUCUAGGUUAGGGCUAAGUCUCGGUCUUCUGUUUUUAAAUUUCUUUAUUCUGAUCUUUUAUGAUAUUCACGACUAUUGAAUCAUAAUAGGUUAAUGAUUGUGAAUAUUUUCUAACGAAGGGAUAGAGAGAUUUGAGACAGAGGACUCUUGCUUUAGUCUGAAUGCUGGCCCGUUUGACUUUGGAAGUUUAGGUCAUCUUUGAAUAAAAGAAAAAGUAGUGUGUGAUUCAGAUUCCGUUGAAUUUGGAUCAUUUAUGAAUAUUGAGUCUUGGGUUUGUUGCUUUAUUGCAAAUAAAAUGUUUCUAGUGUUUGUCUAUGUCUAUCUCUCUCUCUCUCUCUCGGGCUAUGUUGUCCUUGAGUUUUGAGUUUCUAUCAUCCUUUUAAGUGUACUGUUUGUUUGUUGUUUGUAAUGUUCAAUGUCUUCUCUAUUAUAUGAGAA